UAGAGACGGCGCGCGCCGUGUCACCCUCAGCUGAGAACAACUUCGCCUUGGUCGUUUUCCGGCACUCUCCGAGGGUCAAGUCCUGCCUUCCGUGUAUAGGUGAGGCCGUGACAAAGUAAUGACACCGGGCACUGCUUUAAUGAGCAAUAGAUGAGAGACUGGGACCGAGUUUCCUGACCUCGAGUCUCGUGCACUUUCCAUACCGUUCUGCUUCCUUUCCUGACCUUGUCCAGUAGAAGGCUAUUUUAUUUUUACAACUACUCAAGUUUUGACCUUCAAGAUGAAGCAAGAUGCCACAAGAAAUGCUGCCUACGCUGUGGAUUGUGAAGAUUAUGUGCAUGUGGUAGAAUUUAAUCCCUUUGAGAGUGGGGAUUCAGGAAACCUAAUUGCAUAUGGUGGCAAUAAUUACGUGGUCGUUGGCACAUGUACAUUUCAGGAGGAAGAGGCAGACAUUGAAGGAAUUCGGUAUAAAACACUGCGAACAUUUCACCAUGGAGUCAGGGUCGAUGGCAUAGCUUGGAGCCCAGAGACUAGACUUGAUUCAUUGCCUCCAGUAAUCAAAUUUUGUACUUCAGCUGCUGAUAUGAAAAUUAGAUUAUUUACUUCAGAUCUUCAAGAUAAAAAUGAAUAUAAGGUUUUAGAGGGUCAUUCAGAUUUCAUUAAUGGUUUGGUGUUUGAUCCCAAAGAAGGCCAAGAAAUUGCAAGUGUGAGUGAUGAUCAUACCUGCAGGAUCUGGAACUUGGAAGGAAUGCAGACAGCUCAUUUUGUUCUUCAUUCCCCUGGAAUGAGUGUGUGCUGGCAUCCUGAGGAAACUUUUAAGCUGAUGGUUGCAGAGAAGAAUGGAACAAUCCGAUUUUAUGAUCUUUUGGCCCAACAGGCUAUUUUGUCUCUUGAAUCAGAACAAAUGCCAUUAAUGUCAGCACACUGGUGCUUAAAAAACACCUUCAAAGUUGGAGCUGUUGCAGGAAAUGAUUGGUUAAUUUGGGAUAUUACUAGGUCCAGUUAUCCUCAAGAUAAGAGACCUGUUCACAUGGAUCAAGCCUACUUAUUCAGAUGGUCCACAAUUAAUGAAAACUUGUUUGCAACCACUGGUUAUCCUGGCAAAAUGGCAAGCCAGUUUCAAAUUCAUCAUUUAGGACACCCUCAGCCCAUCCUCAUUGGUUCUGUAGCUGUUGGAUCUGGCCUUUCCUGGCAUAGGACUCUCCCUCUGUGUGCAAUUGGAGGAGACCACAAGCUGUUGUUUUGGGUGACUGAAAUGUAAAAUAAAUUUUCCCUUACCUUAGAUUUAUAAACUUUGUGUUUUUAUUACAUAUCUUGGAGAACUCCAUAUUUUUGUAUCAAAUAUACUGUAAGCUCUAGAAAUGUCUCAGUUGUUGCUUUUCUAAAUAAAAUAAAAUGUUGAUGGUUUGAAA